AUACCAACGGAAAGAUAACAGCUUUACGAACUCUAUCGUUUAUUGUUUUAAAGAUUCACGGAAAUCUCUGGUAAAAUCAACUUGAUUUGCAUUCCAAAACAUCGAACAGUCACUGUCAAGUAUGUUCCAUCGAAAUAUUAUGAUAGAAUUACGCGAACAGCCUGGUGUCGAUUGAGUUUGGAAGUGAACCCAAGUCAACCGCGAUAAGAUGUUGUCAACAUGGACAAUACCAACUGAUCCAGGAUUCGAAACAAGAAGGCCAACAAGCGCAGAUAGAUACAGUGCAGGUUAUGCAGAGAGGUUACCAAAGGCAAGAGUCAAGCCGGAAGCGCUUUCAAAUGCGAUUAAGAAUCAAGGAACGCUUGCCCAGCUGUUUAAUCCUCAAGCCAGACCGUACUCCAUCGGAUCAAGACCUUGUAAGUGACAUUCGCUUUACUAAAAAGAUAGCUUAAUUUGCUGAACUGUUUUAGUAAUAAACUACAUCCUUGAAAUAAAAAUAAGCUAUAUAGGCUUUCGGUGUUAACAUGGCUUGCUUACCAAUUACCUUAGUCAGCGAAGUAACUAAGUAACGUCUGCAAAGCAGCGCCGAGAUCCUUUUUCUGAACCCCCGACGGGCUCAAUGAAUUACCGGAAGUGCUUUUUGAGUUUCCCUUCAUUGGCAAAUCGAGAAUGGCUUUUUUAACAGGCCAAUCAUGGCAUGUACUCAAAUCCUGGUACACAGACCUGGGGGGGUUGCACAGUUUCGCAGACAGACUUAACCAGAGUUAAGUUUCCUCUGUGGCGCAGGCUAGUAAAGACCAAACCAGUAAAGAAAUUUUAAGCUGCACUACACAUGGUCCUUGGUUAGUACGUCUGCGAAGCAGUCUGGUGGCCUUGUUCUGGGCUCCCAACAGACUUGAUGGAUUACCGGAAGAGCAUAUUUUCGAAUUUCCUUUCAUCUUGAUUGGCAAAUCAACAAUCUCUAUGCAUUUUCAAUAGGCCAAUCAUUGUGCAUACUCGAAUCCUUGUACACAGAUGGCAGCGUUCAAGUUAGUUCUUUCAAGCGGGGGAUCAUGUAGACCAUCUGAGGGGUCACCAAGACCAUGUGCUAAUUUUUUUGUUUUAUUUAACUUAGCAGUAAACACUUAUAUGUCAUUUGUUGCGUCAGGAAGCCUUCUUUGUCGGGUCAUUGACUAAAGACCCAUCUCUUAUCUGGAACACUGAGAUAAGGGCAAAGAACAAGGAUUUUGGAACUGUUUUGCAGAUGGACUUAACCAGAGUUUAGUUUCAUCUGCAGUGUAGGCUAACCUAGAUUAAGCUUAGUUGAUUAUGUGAGUUUGGAAGUCAUCUGAAAAGUAAAAGUUAAAAAAGAACUAAUCUUCUUGUAAGGUGAAUGAAAUAACUGUAACUCAGCAGAUCUCAACCUUUUAUUGUUUGAAUAACCCAAAACCCAUAUUCCAGUUACUUGUUAGGUAUACGUAUUUAGCAGGUAACAUAUUUAAGUACAAUGUGGCCUAUUGUGAAUUAUAUUUUCGUUUCUUGGGUUAUUUUCACCAGUCAUUUCAAUGCAAAGCUGUUUCAAUACAGGUUUAAUUAGUCGAGGUGUAAAUAGUUUCAUGUCGUUGGCUUAAAGAACGAAGAAUAUUCACCCAACAUGUGUUUCUUGUUUACAUGCAAACUGUACUUGAAGUGAACAAAAUUUUUGUACAAUUUCACUACUUGAGUUCAUAUCAAAACAACCAGUUUUCAUGUGUUGUAGGUAGCAUGUCUGUCAAAUUGGUUGCUCAAAUAGAACUUUGCCAAUAGAUUUGUUUUAAUUAAGACUUUGUUUUGGUGAAGUCGAAGUGAGAGCAUGCUCUUUCAACAGUUACAUGUAAGAGACAGACCAUGUUACUUGAAAAAGGAACUCAGGAAUGUAAAGAAAAAACUCUAGUUGCAGAUGGACACAUAAUGCCGGUCCCAAAGAUGUCAUUAUUGCAGAGAGUUGACUGUAUCAGUGAUUUAGUUUCCUCUGUAUCAGUGCAUCCCUGACGCAUAAAAGUCCCCAAAGAUGCAAAAUAAUUCAUAGCACGCCUCCUGUAGGACGCGAGGAUCGAUCGAUCUAAACAUGUGUAUUUGUAGAAAUAUCCGGCCUGUUCAUGUAAUUUCUGUGGCAGUAAUUACGGCUGUUGUUUAAUGAUGCAUAAUUCUUUUAGCCUUUGUUGUGCUUUAAAAUAGAAGGACUAUGUUUUAUUUCAGUAUACUGUAAUACAGAGAUUUGGAGUCUGUCUUCAGAUUAACUGUCUGGUUACGUGAAGGCCCAAGCAUUUCCAAUAAUUAUUAUGGACUCGUUUUCUUUACUAGGACUCAUUGGUUCAGGACAGGGACUCAUGAUUUUUUAUAAGAGGAUUCCUAGGACUCACCAUAACUAUUUGUGACAAAAUCUCUGCUGUAUCUGACAAUUUGUAAACAGGUUGUCCCUACAACUCUAUUGCAUUAAGCUAAGGUCUAUUGAACUGCUGAGCCAACUUAUGAUUUAACCUUAGCUAAUUAUAUUGAAUACCAUUCCCAUCAGUGAUUAAUUUUCUGCUUACAGCUUCUGCACAGUCGAAGAAUUUUGCAAAAGAAAAUGUACAUCGAAUCAAGGAGAUCCAGAAAGCAAAUAGAGAAAAGCAAAGAGAGGCCAUGACGACUGAACCAGUUAAAGCAGUUUAUAAACCUGGAAAAUUUGAUCAUGUGGAUUCUAAAGUUGCCCAAGAAGUGAAGGUAUGGAGAGCUUUAAUAACAAUAAUUCUUUAUCAUCAUCUAAGAGUAAGGUCUCAUCUUGAUUGUGGAUUGAUUGCAGGUUACAUUAUCUCUUUGUCGUCUGGCUGUUUGUUUAAACAUCUGGCCAAGAGUUGUUCAAAGGCUGAAGAGCGCUAUCCACCUGAUAAAUCUCUACCCUGUGGAGAGUGCAAUUAUUAUUAGUUUCCCAUACUAAUUAGUGGAUAGUGAUUUAUAUGGUGGAUAGCUCUAUCCGGCAUUUUGAACAUUACCAGGGCCUGUUCAGUCUUUUACACAAGGGUUACCAUGCGCAAUAAUAAUGUUAGUAAGAUUUACAAGUAUCCAGGGAGCCCACUCCCCUAAGCAGUUUUCAGUGGGGUUGUUAAAGGAUUCCAGCUGCCAUUUCAUGGUGUUUUCAGGCAAUGUGUAAAUUUACAAGAAUUUUAUUGAUCACACCAUACUAAAGUAUCACUGAAGAAGUUUUACUUGAAAGGUCAUGUGAAAACAUUUUAUCCACAGGUUUAAAAGUGAAAACAAUGUUCUAUAUUUUCUUGUCUGUUUGUAAUUCAGUCUGGACAGAAAGGUUAAACACUGGUGUUCAUCCCAGUAUUGCUUACAGAUCAAUAUUUUAUACUCAUUUUCAAUUUUAUUCUCCUACGCUUCAAAGUUAUUAUCACACCCAAUGAUAACCGAUAGACAAAUGAUAUUUCAAAGUUGAACCAAGGGUAAAUUGAACAUAAGACAAAAUAAUGUCAGCACCCAGGUUUAGGCCAGUAAAUGUUACUAAUAAUAGAAAACUACAAAUUUUACAUACAGUACAUUUUAACUUGAUACUUUUUUCAGAAGAAAAACAUAAUCGAGUAACAGACUAGCAUCCUUAGUACUAGAGUACUCUCUCGAGUUCCUGUCAGUAGUGUCAAUUUUGCUGACCAGAAGAUGUUUUCACUCUGACUUGUUCUAAAGUAACAUAAUAAUGUGCAGUGUAAACACUCCCAUCAUCAAAGAACUGUCCUGAAUGAGCUAUGAUCUCGUAGAAAAAUUCAACAAUAGUAAGUUAGAUUAAAGUCAUGUUAUUAUAAAACAGUACUUACUGUAUGGACAAACUUAAGUCUAUUCAUCUUUAUUAGGCUCCUCCUCCACCACUACAGAGAUCAAACUCUGCAACAUUUCUCCGAGCUGGCUCAAGAAAUGGACCCCCAGUUAAAGAUCGCCCUACAUCUUGUGAGCCUGUUAUUCCACGCGAGAUGAAGCUUACUGUCCCCAAGGCAACUAUUGCUAAAGAGGUUUGUAGAAAUUUAAAAGCUUGGAAUAAGUGGAAGCAAGUGAUAUAAAAAUUGAACAACAUUUCAUUGUGAUCCUUUGAUUAAAAGCACUUUAAAUUCUUUGUCAAGUGCAGAUGUCAGCGUUACGGUGGUGUUUCUUAGGCCCAGUUCAAAUGUCGAUCUUUUCAUGUACCAACCUUAACACCUAUUUAGGUCGAACCAAAUGAUACAAGUUUGAUGAUUGAUUCAGACAUCAAACUUAAUUUAUUUUCACAAUUUUCAGUGGUCUAAAAUGGGUACAAGUGAAAAUAAAUAUUAGUUUGUGCAUUAGGUUUGGCACAUGAGAAGUUCGUUGUUGAACUGAAGUUGCUUCACAGUCGAAAUUCCCAUGUAGGCCACCCGAUCCUUAUUCGUGGGUUGACCCAAAUUAGAUAUGUUGAACCAUUCUCUGCUUCCAUGUUUGUUUUCAAUCAUUAGUUGACAUCUAGUUUAGCUGAGAAAUUUUUUCAAAAUUACAUUUGAUGAAAGUGAAUUUGAUAAUAAUUUAUAUUAUUAUAGCAAAAAGUUCUAAAAAGAAGCAUAUCCUCUCAAACGGCGUGGGAUUUGUGAUGUUUUAGGAUGCAAAAAUCCGUGCAGUAAAUCACUUACCUCUCGAGCGUACUGUAACUGUACAAAUGUGAACAUCAAACCACAAACCUGAGAUUAAAGCACUAGGCACAUGACUUCUUGACAUCUGAGGUUUGCGGGAACUGUAGAAAAACCUCGAUCUUAAGGUCUCUAAUGAAACUAUUUACUCUCCUGUUAGGUGUAUGUGCUUUUUGUGAUCUGUUUGUGUUUUCGUUUCAGCACAAGCCAAAAGUCAGAAACAUAAAUCAUGUUGGUGAUAAUAUUCGCAGAGCACCCUCCCCUCUCAGACCCCGCCCACCCUCAGUUAUAGCAGCGGAGCAGCUUGCAGCUAAAAAGGAACAAGCUGAAAAACGUUACAAGAGAGGAAAAGUACCUAAAUAGUAAGUUUACUUAGAAAUAAUCUAAGUUUGUCAUGGCCUGCGCCACAGACAAAAGUUAACUUCUGGUUAAGUCCGUCUGUGAAACAGCACCGAAAUCCUUGUCCUGGGCCCCAUCCUGUGUAGGAGGAUUUGAGUAUGUACUAUGAUUGGCCUGUUAAGAAAGCCGUUGUUAAUUUGCCAAUCAGGUUGAAGGGAAAUUCGAAACACAUUUCCAGUAACUCAUUGAGUCGACUGGGGACCCAGAACAAGGAUUUCAGUGCCGCUUCGCAGACGUUACUAACAGCAAAAUCCACUAGCCCCGGGCUAUCGGACAUGACUUUCAUUGCACGCUGUUAAAUUACCUUGGCAACGCAGGCCUCUUAAAAGAGGAGGUGACGGGUUUAAAAUGAGAAAGAAUGGCCAUUUUUGCUAGAGAUGUUUAUGUCAUCUGAGAUGAACAAUGAUUUUAAUAUCUUAGAUGUUAAUGUGUUAACUAGAUGAUUUUAUCAUUUGCACCCCCCCACCCCUCCCUCCUGUCUUGUACCCAUUUUAUCCCCUUUUAUGCCCACUAUGUAUGUUAAGGGUUUCAAAAAUCAGUCAUUGUCACCAAAGGUUUUGUUCGCGACUACACUCUGCAGACAGUGAUGAUAUGUUAAUUUUUAAGCUGAUUUUCAAAGAAACUUGAAAUUACCGUUAAUGUUGCUGGUGUAGUACCAACCUCUUAACAGGAGCUGUGGAGACAGUGUUUUGUCUUGCAGUAUUAACUAGACAUUUUUGUUGUUGUUGUUGUUGUUAAGUCUCAAAGUUCGGCAAGAUCAAUGGAAGCAAGAAGAAGCAGAAAGAAUUGCCAACAUGCCAGACCCUAGUGUUCCAGCAGGUCAUGCACUCAUGCCUCGAGACGAACAACGACAGACUCUCGCUAACCUGCAAACAAGUAAGUAACAAAGCUCCCCAGGGAGAGGGGGAGCUCGGUUUCUCAAGACAUGGUAGGGUGAACUUCUCCAAGAGUUACAUUUUUGUUGUAGGUCAAAUUUAUUGUUCCUCUGCUAGCAGCCAGGCCUCUGCUAGCAGGAAAAUUUAUUCUUGGUUCAAAUUUGAUUAGUCCUUUGUGUGUUAAAUAGUAAUAUUAUUGUGAAAGGUUUGAACCCAGGAGUCAUUUCAUAAGUUGGUGGAACAUGAUCAUCUGGGUGAACGUAAUCCUGAAUAGGACUGUUUUAACAUCCUCCAUCCACCGUGUUAGAUACAUUUAAAUGGGCGCAAAGUUUUACCUCAUUCAAAUCCUAUCAGGGUGUUCAAAAUUAUCUUUUCGUCUAAUGUAAGUGAUUCUGGAUUCCAAAAUCUGGAAAAUUUUUGCCUGUCAGUGUGAAAUCCGGAAUCCAUAAACUUUUUGUUGUGAAAUCUGGAAUCAUGGGCUUUGGAAUCCGGAAUACAGCUCAAGGAAUCCAGAAUCCCGCUAACGAUUGGAAUCCAGAAUCCAAAUCCCACUGACAGAGAAUCCGGAAUCCAUGGCGUGAAAUCUAGAAUCCAAGACUGUCUUAAAUUUCCUUACAUGGGGCGAAUCUUUUAUCAUGUUGCACUCAACAAUGUUGCAUAAAGUUGGACCAACUCUUUUGCCUCAAUUUAAACAGGCCCAAAAACUUUUACUUCGUAACUUUCUCCUUUCCCCGCGUUCAUUCUCAUCCUAUCGAAGCUUUUAAAUCUGUAGUUUUGUAAAUAUAUAGUGCUUAUCGUACUGUUAAUAAAUUAAUUUAUUUGAGUAUUUUCUUUUUUCUUCUUUUUGGUUUUUCGUUUAUUUAAAGGCCAAGCGGAGCUUCUCACCCAGUUAAACGCACUUCCAGUUCGAGUGGAUACGCUCCGAGUGAAGACAACCAAAGCAGAACUGGAAAGAAAACUUGCUGAAAUAGAGGACGCUAUAAAAAUAUUCUCCAGACCGAAAGUGUUUGUAAAACUGGAUGACUGAAGUUAAGCCCUCAGAGGGGAUGUUUGUGGAGUGUUUGCGCCACCAAUGUAAAACGUGGACUGUUGAAGGGAACCACGUGAUAAAGAGAUGUGAAAAUUUUAAGAACAAUGAGAUUAGUUUAAAGACAAUGAACUAAGUUAAACACCGACAUAGUUUCAAAACAACCAAGAUGAAACUGAUACUUAAGUUGGUCAAACAAUUUCUCUUGGAGUCUAUUGAACAUUGAGGAAAGCGGGUCUAUAUUUGAAGUAGGUGGCUGGGACUGUUUUGUGGUUACCUUCCCACGGGACCUUUCAACAUUUUCGCUGUGUUCGCAGGGAACUUUGAUCGGCUAAGCGUCUAGAUUUUCCGUGUGAACGGAACCCCUAAACACACGAAUUUUAAACCGGUAGAAAAUUCGUCCAUGCCGUGAACAUAGCCUAAAUCUCCUACGCAGCCGUUUUUUGUGUUGUCACGCAACGCUUUUCCCCCGGGAGAAGCGUUGGGUGACGACACAAAAAUGGCUGCGAAGGAGACUGCUUGAACUGAAGUCUUUGACAAAUCGCUUAAGAUGGCGCUGUUGUUAUCAUUAUCAUUUUAAAAAUAUAUAAAACUGUUCUAGUGAGGCCUUAAACUGCUG